AUGUGGUCGGAUUCCUUCCCUGCUCUAACGUUUUCACAGUUUUGGGAUCAGUUCACUCAGGAGCCAAACGUGUUCUAUACAAUGGACCAAACUGUUCUCGACUCGGCAUUUAACUCUCCUGUCGAUUCGGGAAUCGGCGGAACUGCUGGAUCUGGAUCUGGAUCGUCGGCCCAUUUCGGAGUGGGAACUAAUCGUGAGACAACACUCGAGCCACCUUCGAUUUCACCAACAAUUGUAGUUUCAGUGAGAUCGUCGAGUCGUUCAACGGAUGGAACUGAUUCGACGGACGGUGCAAACUCGGAUAACGUCACUGGUUCAACUGGAUCCACUCCAGCUCAUCAUUCAAUCACUAAUCUCAAUAUGGCGUUGUCUCAACACUCGGUUGAUUCGGCGACUUCUGCUUCUUCAGCCAACCCGUUUCCUCAUUUUAAUCAAGCGGAUCUUCUGAACUUCCAUCAAAACUCCUUACUGCCGCAUCACAUGUUCUCUCAAUUCGGAAGAUAUCCACAGUUCGAACAAAAGCCAGACGUGGGGGUGCUUCAGCAACAGAUGCAGAUGCGAGAAGCGAAACCUUACAAAUGCACACAGUGCGUUAAGGCGUUCGCCAACUCGUCAUACCUCUCGCAGCACAUGCGUAUCCAUCUAGGAAUCAAGCCAUUCGGCCCGUGCAAUUAUUGUGGAAAGAAGUUUACUCAGUUAUCACAUCUUCAACAACAUAUUCGGACACAUACUGGAGAGAAGCCUUAUAAGUGCAAAUUCACUGGAUGCGACAAAGCCUUCUCUCAACUCAGCAAUCUCCAAUCCCAUUCUCGAUGUCAUCAAUCAGACAAACCAUUCAAAUGCAACAGUUGUUACAAGUGUUUUACUGAUGAACAAAGUCUUCUUGACCAUAUUCCAAAGCAUAAAGAAUCCAAGCAUUUGAAGCGUCUUAAGAUUCACAUUUGCCCAUUUUGCGGAAAGUCGUACACUCAACAGACCUACCUGCAAAAGCAUAUGACGAAACAUGCAGAUAGAUCGAAGACCAAUAACUUUGGAAACGAAGUAGUCCCUGCUGAUCCAUUCGAUCCAUCGCUUCUCUCAUGGAAUCCAAUGCAAGGAAUGGGAGAUAAUGCUCAUGAUGCGUCAAGCUUCAAUAUCAGUUCGCUUACAGAUCAAUUCGCUGCCAACUCGAUGAUCGGCUCACAGAGCACACCCUACAAUCCAGCAUUCCAGAAUAGUGCAUUCAGUCAGUUGUUCAAUAUUCGAAACAAUCGAUAUCUGUCGGAAUAUCCAACGAGUACGAAGAAUGGAGAGAGGACUCCGGGAUUCAACAUGAUAACUCCACUUGAAAACAUCCAACGUUACAACGGCGCCUCAUCUGCCACCGCCGUCGUCACUGCUACUGGAUCCGCCGUCGUCUCCUCGACGCCUUCAUCUACGUCAUCAUCAUCAGCCGCCUCAUCGUCAAGUCAAGGAGGUGCAUUCAAUCCGCAGUCACUGAUAAAUAAUAUGAAAAAUCAUUCCUACUAA